AUGAAAAGUAUAACUUUUUUCGUGCUUAAUAUAUGCUCCACCCUAAUCCUUUUAUCACACUGUGAAGAUAACAGCCUAUAUUCCUUUGAUAUUGUAAACGAGACCAGUUGGAUAAAAAUCGCAAAGAAAAUAUUUAAAGAGAAAUCUCCUUCGAAUUUCACAAUCAUACCGUUUAAUAAGGAAAAUUCAGAUGAUAACGAAAGUGGUAAAGAAGAAUCAAUAUUAUUAAUUAGAAAAAAAAUCAAACCAAAUAAUGGUAAUGCCAUAAUACCUGGAGAUAGUAAUAGUGACGAUAUCAACGAUUUUAGCUUAAAUUUUACACCAAAUCAAUUUUCUGAUAAAAACGAAGAUAUCGAAGAUAAUCCCGAAUACCCAACUACUUCAUACAAACCAUCUGACGAUCUUAAUUCUAAUUCCUCAUUUAUCGAAGAAUCAGAAAAGGCUGAAACAGAAUUGGAAUCAGAUUCAGAAAAUAAAAAUAAAGAUAUAAAUAUUAGUAGCAAUUUAGAAGAAAACAACACAAUGAAUGAAAGUGAUAAAAUUGACAGUAAAUAUGAAUUGACUGGAAAUGAAAAAUGUGAUAAUUCAAUGAAACUAGGAAACCUUUCAAAUUAUACAAAUCAAGAAACUAUUAACAAAUCAUUAUCUGUUGGUGAAACAUUCUGUAUUGACUUCGAAGGAAAUGCUGGUACUGGAUAUAUAUGGGUAUUAUUAGGAAUACACAAGGAUGAACCAGCUAUAAAUCCUGAAGAAUUCCCCAAAAAAUUAAUUAAAAAACCCUUCUUUUCAGAAGAAAUUUCUGUUACUCAACCCAAAAAAUUUAAAAUCAAUGAACAUAAUAGUUCAAAAAAUGUAGGUGACGGAAACAAUGCAUCAGAGCAAAACGAAAAUGAUUCUAAAGAACCUAAGAAACCCAAAAUGCAUAUCCUUGGAGGCCCAGAACCAGUACGAAGUGUAAUUAAAGCUCAUAAACCCGGAAAAUAUUAUAUUGUUUAUUCUUAUUAUAGACCAUUUUCACCAGAAUCAGGAGCAAACACUAAAAUUCUUAACGUAACUGUCCAAUAA